AUGCGGCAAUGGUAUGUUAAAAAACAAUUCCUUAACAUAACCAAGUUAAACAACUACACGGUCCGUGUCAUUAGCAACCUGGGGCUUGAAUGCUGCGGACACAGGUACAACUACCCAGAGUCCCAGAGGUCACAUGACAUGAAAACACUGUGGUGUGUGCUGUCUAAUGACUUAAAGUCAAGUGGGGAGUUCAAAGGUAUAAGUAACUCAUCACCUACUAAAUGUGUAGAUGACCCCAACACUUUAGCAAGUAUAGCAGAGGAUAGUCUAGAUGACCACAACAGUAUGGCCUGUGAAGAAAUGUCAACAUAUUUUACAGGUACACAUGAAGUACAAGAAUGUCUUGAAGGUCAAGGUGAAGUAGAUCUACACACACACCUGGCAAACUGCGAGAAAAAUCCUGGCCAUAAAAACUUUGUACCUCUAAAACAGUUAAGUGUUGAACAUUUUCCUUCUGGUUACCAUGACAACGAUUUGUAUGACACCACAAAAGCCCUGGCUGACCUAACUGUCAGGAUAGCCGUUAAGUUGACCAGUCCAGACAGACCAGAGUUUGUACCAGGCACUAAAGAUCCAUAUCCUUGCUACAACACCAGGGGACAGAACUCACUGAGGACAGGGACUGGGAGGGUGGGGCAGGUGGACAAGUACACAGAGAGGAUGGACCAGACAUACAAGACCUACAGAACUUGUCCCUGUCCUGAAUGUGACCACUCGGACACACCCAGCAAAGUGUGGUGGGAGGUUCGUGUGUUGACAGCCAGACAUGUGGUUUUUGAUUCAAGUGAGGCGAGACAGUCCAGCUGUAGGUUGUGGUUUGAUGAUGAUAAAAGUCCAGUGGUCAACAUUUAUGGGUGGAAGGUGGGUGUGUCAGACACUGAGGAAGACUGGUGUAGUUUGUAUAGUGUGACACAUGACGUAGAUGUAGGUGAUAAACUGGAGGAGAUGUGGAGGCGGAUUGAUGAUCUAUGUGAUAAAGUGAGGGACAAAUACAAGAGUCGUAGAGAUGUGGACAAGCUGACCAUUAUAGUGUCACAUCCUCAUGGCUGUUCUAAGCAGGUCUCUGUAGGUCACUGGGUGGACAGGCAGGUGGUGUGGGGUAGCUCGACCAGGUACACGUACACAACGGCCACCUGUCCAGGUAGCAGUGGGGCUGUGGUCUACAGACUGGGGUGUGGCUGGUAUGGCCAUCUCCACAGUGGAGCUAACUCUGGUGGAUUAAAUUAUAGUGGGGUGGAGUGGGACUUGUAGUUGUCUGCUCUUGUAUAGAAUGUAAACAAACAUGGCGCCUGUUGAAUGUCUGUCUUUUCUAGAAUGUAAACAAACAUGGCGCCUGUUGGAUGUCUGUCUUUACUAGAAUGUAAACAAACAUGGCGCCUGUUGAAUGUCUGUCUUUUCUAGAAUGUAAACAAACAUGGCGUCUGUUGGAUGUCUGUCUUUUCUAGAAUGUAAACAAACAUGGCGCCUGUUGAAUGUCUGCUCUUAAAAUAUUUCUUGACAUUAUUGUAGAGCUUUAUUAACCUUUUAAUUAAUUAUCUCGUUAUUUUUAUCAGCGAGAAAGUUGUUGAUUGUUUGAUUGGGAGUGGAGAA